AUGGACUCGUCCCCAGCUUCGUCCACGGCCUUUGAGAGGGCUCUCGCCGCGUCUGACCAGCAAUCGGGAGCGUCUACAGCGUCGCAGAGCACUUCAAGGCGCAACAGCGACAUGCAGCAUAUCGACGCGGCCGCUGGCAACGCAGGCGCGAGCAGCGGCGGCUUAGAUGUGCCGUAUCAGCCCCAAUCUGCGUCCUGGGACACAGUCGAUUUCAGCUCUGCACGCAAUGCAAGUCCAGGAUAUGCAUACACGCCGUCUUAUCGGGAUUCGUUUACCCCGUUUGGCUCAGACUCUGGGAUCAGUUGGAAUGGACGCGCAGAGCCCGGGAACCAGAUAUACGACGAGCCUUUGGACGGCACUCAUAACGAUACCGAGUACAAUCCAGCAGACUUUGAUGGCUCAGGAUCCCAUUCCAACAUGGCCUCGCCCUACUUCCUCGACCAACAGCAGGACCCUCGCUCAGCCGGCAUUUCUGCAGAAUUCGGCGGAUUUAACGGCGAACAGGCCAUCGCACAAUCGAAUGACCCUCUUUCUCAACACAUUGGCGCGUUUGGUUCCGACAAUAAUAAGGGCUUCAAUGGCGGUAUGACCCCUCAUGCCCGUAUGAACAGUCUCGACGUCAACUCGUUUUCACCACGUCCCUAUUCCGCCCCUUCGCCCGCUUCUAGUGUUGGUGGACUCGACAUUGAGCGCCCUCGCUCGCGCGCCUCGUCCAUCUCCUCGGUUCACGGCCCCAUGCCCUCGCUGACGGUCGGGCCGAUGGGCGAUGCGUUUGACAAGCUCGGUUUCGACCCUGUGGAAAACGAUCUCAACUGGAGGAAUAAUCAACUCAAUGGACAAGGGGUCGCUAAAGCUCAGUCACCGCCGUCGUUGAUGAUUCCUAGCGAUGGGCCUACAUCAACAUCAACACUGCAGAUCCCAAGCUUUGGACAACACGGAGCAACACUUGGUGCAGGACUGAACACGGGUGGUCUGGGUGGUCUAAGCGCUCCUGGCAUCAACAUCCUUCCUGCAACCCCAGUCUCUGGAGGAGCAGGUGCAGCCCAUGUACCGUUCGACACGGUGCUGAAAAACCUGAACGAACGCCGUCAACAACAGCCCAGUGUGGCCGAGGAGAAUAAUCUAGGCUCAAUGAUGCCUUCCCACGCCUCAUCUCGUCCUUCCUCGCCUACACCAGCUCCCCCAUCCGCCUCUGGGGGUUUUACAUUCACAACCGCAUCGCCAGGAGCAAACACCUUUCAAUUCCCGACUGUCGCAUCCUCAAGCCCUAUCCCAACCCCAGUCGCAGACAACUUUCUCGCCUUUCCAGGAAGCACAAACCCAAGACCAAGAGCACUUUCAGACACAUCUGUUAGACCCGUUAUGGCUGCCGUCGAUACUCAACCACCAAUGCCCUCAUUCAUGGGAGGCCAUCCCAGCCUAGCGUCUACUGGACACUUUUCGCCGUCGCUCUCAUCUCACACGCCACCUCUUUCCUCUAUGGGAAGGACACUAGCCAACCACCGCUCCAACUCGUUUGGAUCCGCCGAUGUCCCGCUUCACUUUAACCCUUCGCACGAUGCUGCAUUCAACGGUCUCGACGUCGGGCUCGGUGCUGACCUGCGACGAGGACGCUAUGAUGCCCGUCAUCGUCCAUCGCGCUCUGAGGACUACCGCUCAGCAUCGCCGUUCCAGCCCCCAGAAUAUCUCGCCCCUUCGUCGGCAUAUAACCAGACCCUCUCGACCUACGGAUAUGUCGGCCAGGUCCGCUCACACGAUCCACUAGGCACUAGCAUGCCUUCCUCCGCUGGUCCAGCUCGCCAUGGUCGUAGACUCUCAUCGGGAAGCCCUUACCCAGACCAACGUCCGGGAAGUGUGUCAUCUGCCCGUCCAUCACCGUACCCAAGCCCGUCCGGCAGUCCCUCUCACAUGCACCAAGGUCUUCCACCCAACGGGAUGCAUGAAGGGGAUCUCCACUCGGACAUGAAUCCAUGGGCAAAGGUCGAGCGUCAGCAAGUUACUACACCUGCGACCGCAAAGGCCAGCGAGGGAAGAAGAAAGGGAGAAGCCAGCUUUGUGUGCCCUGUCCCAGGCUGUGGUAGCACUUUCACCAGACACUUCAAUCUCAAAGGUCACCUUCGCUCUCACAACGAGGAGCGACCAUUCAAGUGCAAGUGGCCAGGUUGUGAAAAGGGCUUUGCUCGUCAGCACGACUGCAAGCGCCACGAGGCUCUUCAUCUCAACCUCCGGCCAUAUACUUGCGAGGGAUGCAAGAAGACUUUUGCGAGAAUGGAUGCUCUGAACCGACAUUUGAAAUCCGAGGGCGGAGUUGACUGUGCUCGAGCGCAAAGCGACGAAGGCUCUGCAAACGGCACCGUGGCGGCUGGCAAUGGUCCCUAUUCUAUUGGCGCGACCAAAGUUGAGGAUGUCCAUGGCUGGCCGGUCAUGAAUUCGCGAGCGAACGGCACCCUCCCUAUGUGA